AUGUUGGAAAAAAUACUGAUUUUUGUUCUUUUCUUGCCAGCAUCAUCUGCGGCAAUGUGCUAUCCAAACUGGUCCCGCUACGGUCUUCCACCGACUCAGGGAGAUUCAAUGAUGGCUGACGAUGCAUGUCUGGAUGACAACAGUCUGUCAGGGCAUGUCCCAUGUAGUGCUCCAUGUAUGACUAUUAACAUCACAGCAGUUGGAGGCAAGCACAAUGGGAAAGUGAUCGGAAUCGUCCGAGACUGUCAAACGUAUUUUCGAAGUCCGAAAAUGUUACCUGAUGGCAAGGAUAUCAUGUGCCGUCACAGUGUGCGCGACACGGUCCGAAAUCAUCGGUAA